AAGAGGCUAGGUAGGCAGCAGUAGGCUGAACCGAGUUCUGAGCUUCUCGCACGCGCCUCUAUCUACAAAGCACCUUGACGGUAGGGAGCGCUCACCCACUAUCUGUUCUCACUUCCUCAUUUCGCCCUUCGAGGAUCUCCUGAGGACUUUUACCAAGUUCACUCACCAGGAGGGGGUUCGCGUCUAAGGGUGUGGUAACGACUCGAACCCAAACCAGCAUGGAGACGAUCUGGCUGCAGCGCUCCAGCACGGACAUACCAUGGGGAUUUCGCCUCGUCGGAGGACGGGAGUUUGGAGUGCCCCUCUCUGUGCAGCGGGUGACUCCAGGCAGUGUCGCAGCAGCAGGACUGGGUCCCGGUGACUUAGUGCUGAAGGUGGGCAAUGUGAUGGCCACUAACCUGGAACACAAUGACGCCAUGGAGCUGGUCAAACAGGCGGGAAAUAUUCUGCAACUGACCAUCAAAAAGGACCCAUCAGGAUCCGCCCCUCUCUCGCCCGGCUCCAGCUAUGGCAGUCAGAACUCCAUACAGAUCGACUCGGGCUUCAAGACUGCUCCAAGGGGUGGCAGCAGCAACAACAGCGGCAGCAACAUCGUGUUCAGCAGCGGCAACGCUACCCCCAACUACAGCACCACACCGCGCAACUACGGCUCUCAGAUCCAGCAGUCUCAGCCUCAGUACGGCACGCGGAUCGAAAUACAAAGAGUUGCCCCCUCUCAGCCGCAACAACAACAACAGCAGCAGCAGCAGCAGCAGCGACAGCAACCUCAGAGAAGCUUCAGCAACAAUUACAGCAACGACUACAACGACAGCGGCGGCGUGAGCUUCCCCGACUACACACUGGCGUACAAGCAGCAAGGUCCUGUACACGACUCGCCGGGCGGGCCCGUGGAUCUGCGCGGAAGUAGCGGGGAUCUCCACUACGGCGGCGGUGGUGAGCCGGCCAGCCAGCCGAGCCAGCCUCCUCAGAAUAUAUCCUACAGCACGCAGUCCCUUCCUAGAGGUAUGGGCGGAUACAACAACAGCAACAACGCGGCUGCUGACAGGGAUGCCUUUAGCGGGUUCGGCGGACCUCCGGCUUACGAACCUCGAUCCUACAAUGCCCCACAGCCUUCUUCCUACAGUCCCGGCUACCCCGGGGACAGCAACAGGGCAAACAGCAGCGUCGGCUUCAAUACUGGAAUACCUUUCCAGGCUAGUCAACCACAGCAGCAGCAGCAGCAGAGACAACAGCCACAGCAGCAGCCUCAGUCCUACGCCAGCCCAGCUGUACAACAGGCGUCCUACCAGCCGUCGCCCUCCUACAACAACGCGCCACAGAGCUACAACACCCCAGGAAGCGCCGGGCCCAUGAGUCCUCAGCCUUAUUCGAACCCCAUGAGCCCGCGCAGCCAGCCAAACGUCCAACCAGCAUUCAGCAAUAGCGUGGACAGACGCCAAGCUCCAUCACCUUACGGCGGCAACGUAGACACCGGUACGCCGUCCAGCAACUUCUACCAGAGCAACAAGCAACCGUCUUCGAAUUACGGCGGUAACGACAAUAGCUUCAGAAGCGGUGGUUUCGACCAGUCCAACCUUCACGGGUCUGGAAGCAACAUAUAUGCCACCCUGCCUCACACGAAACCGUCCUCGUCAUACGGAAGCCCCGCCAACAACAACAACAACAACAAUAACAACAACAACAGCAACACCCCCAGAGUGGCGACAACGGCAAAUUUCAACCUUUACAACAGUGCCCCCCAGCCCUACUCUGCGCCAAAACCUUUCACGCCGACACAGCCAAGCAACAACUUCUCCCCCACACCGUCCUACACCGCCAAUAACAGCGCCCCUACCCCCUAUUCGCCGGCGCCCUACUCUGCAGGCCCCAAGCCCUACCAGAGCCCAAUGUCGCCUGUGUCCAGCUCCGGUCAGCAGCAGCCUCUGACACGCCGGGUCAGUUUUGACCAGAGUGUCCCCGACAACAGCGGCUCCUCUUUCAGUCCAAGAGGCUACCACGUCAAGUCUCCCCCACCACCCCCCGCCCCGGUCCCGGCCCCCUACACCCCCGUCAGCCCCGGAUACGGGCAGCACGACGCCGACUUCCCGAGCCCUCCUGGAAUCACCGACUUUGGAGCCCCGCCACAGCCUCAGCCGUCCUUCUCCCGCCAGUCGUCCAGAGGAAACAACCCCUACUCUUCGCCCUCUCCCUACGGUGCGCCCCCUGGUGGACCUAUGAGCCCCAGUUCGGGCACCGGAAGUGGGUACGGUCAAGGAUACGGCGCCAACAGAGGUUACGAGCCCGUGGGUGUAAGUUCGGGCAUGGACAAUCUAAAUUUAGGUUCACCAGCGGCGUAUGAACCUCCACCCCCUCCCGCACCGGUGCCACCCCCACCUCCCCCUCCUCCGCCACCACCGUCAGGGCCCCCACCUCCCCCAGCCCCUCCCCUCAACAACUGGAACCCCACUCCGUACAGAAGGCCAAAUACACAGGAAGAUCGGUCCACCAACCGCCCCCAAGCCCAGAAAAGGAGGAGGCGGGGGCAGACCAGAGCCGGAUGAAUAUCAGGAUGAUCCCAGGGAGGCAGCCAGAGGCCCUCCAAAGAAGCCUGCAGGCUAUGUGCAGUCUGACUACUUCUUGAACAGAGACGGGGGACCUCGCUCAGAGAUCGAUGACUCUUCCAUCAACGUAAACAUGGGAACCAACCCAAAGAAGCAGUCCAAAUCCUUCAAAGUGCUGCAGUGGAUGACGGAGACGGAGCAGGAUGACGCCAAAGAUGAAGAAAAGCAGGCUGAGAGCGGAGAACCCACGCAGAAAACUAGAAGAUCAAAAGAUCCAGAGCGAAGACACAAUGCUGAUGACGAUGAAAUGAGGUUUUCUGGCUUGCACUCCAAGGCAGACAUCCCAUCAAAAGCAUUUGGUCGCCUUCAGAAAAUGCCGUCAGAGGACAGAUCUCCUGUCACACAGAACGGAAAGGACACCUUAGACGUUGGAGAUGGCGAGGAGGGUGUGGGCAACUAUGACGAGACCUCUAUACGCUACAAGGGCAAGCACAUUCCCUCUCCGUCCUUUAGAGUCCUUCAAACGUGGGCUGAACAUGACCCCGACAACUGCCCCCGCCCCUGCGUCAGAGGCCCCAGCGACCGACUUCUAACUACACACAAUAAUAAUAUGAGGACGGUCGUGAUGACAACACUGGUGUUUGUUGUGCUUCGUGGUGAAAUCAGGCGCUCGUCAAAGUAAUAAAAUUAAAGAAAUCAACACUUUUCCGCCAGUUUGGCGGGUUUUUAAAAAAAUCGAUUGUGUUGUUUUGCGUUCAACACCUUUUAUGUCUACUUACAAACACGUUCCUGCAUGGAAUUUACUGAAAAACAUUGAUCUUCAUACUUCAUGGGGUAAAAAAUGCAAAUUUGCAGUUUCCAAGGACACUACAGCUUUUGAAGUCACCAAUAAACUUUGGCAGCAAUUUUCUCUCGAGUGUUUACCUCUGUUACCACGUUCCCCCUAAACUUCCUUCAAUCAGAAAUAUCUCAACUUCUAUCCAAGAUACAUAUAGAGGCAUUUCUUUCAUCAAAAGCAAGGCUAGUGGACAAGCUUUGGGAUUAUACUAAUUUAAUAACUUCAUUUCCCCCCAAAUUGACCAGCACCUGCUUUCACCAUGUCGUCACACUUUUUAUUAUUGCCGUUGUUGUUGUUUGAAAUUACUCUUCGUGGCUUUUGAGCCUGUCGUCCCUUGAAAUCUGCCACUAUUAGUCGUCUAAAACAUCACGAGAUAGAACAGUUGAUAUUGGUUCUGUUCUUGCAGGGUGAUGGUGAUCGAUUGCUUUUGAAAUGGUCAAGUAAUUUACUGUAUAGAUGUGGAGCUCUCCUCUGUUCCUCUGUAAUAAAUAACAACCAGAUGUAAGAGUAAAAAACCCAAUUAUCGGAGAUAGUGUAGGCCUACUUGAUAUGGUACAGUGGUGGUAUUUCGGCAAGUUUUUUUUUGUUUUUUUUCUUCGAGCUUGGUAUUUGGUUCGCAGAAAUACCCUUGAGGAUACCACAUAGUUGGCCUAUCAUAGGACGUGAUUUCCCAAUGCAUCUGUGGUCGGGCAGAGAGUUAUGGCGCUUCUUUAAAUUUGCACUUCCAAAAUACACAAUUUCGCCGUCUGACAACCAAGGCAAGACAAUAUUAUUGUAAUGCUGUCUUGAUUUCGUUCUGCGAAAGAUAAAAUCCCCAAAAUCGGUCUAGGUCGAAUCUUGCUUUACAGGAAUACUGGUAGGAACAUGGAGUGAAUUAAAAAAUUUGAGAAUUUCCCGCAAUCGACUAUCGUUGGUUCCUCUGUCAGAGAGCCCACGGAAUUUGAUUAUUUCGUUUCCCGUGACCUUCUGCGUCUUAUCAAUGAACAAUAAGCACACGGCUCUUUAACGUGCAACGUACCCAUUUUCCAUGAUCUGCCGAGACACAGGAAGCUCUGUGCCUAAUCAUUAUAAUAUUAUGAUGUUGAUAUGAAUCGCAAAAGGAAAAAAUCCACAAGGUUCCCGAUAAGCUAUCUUCCGAAUCGAGCGUCCACCAUGAAAUCCAUCUCUGUGUCUAAACAUUUAGGGUUGCUGCAUUAAUUUUUCAUGAGGGCGAGGAGUUAUGACUUCAAAGAAAGAAUUUUGUUAUUUAAUUUAUUGCAAUGUGAUAUCUCUGAACUCACCAAUUUCGUAGCGUUGAGACACUAAUAUGAUAUACAAUAUGAUGUGUACUUAACGGUAACUUUAUCUUGGCAUUAAUUGUUCUAGAAUCACCAGAGCUCUAGUAAGUGCAAUACCAGCCUCGGCUAGUAGCGCAGCCUAGCCCUGCCAAUGGUCUUCCUUCUUUGUAAAUACUGAAUAAACUGCAACUUAUAAUAAUAUAAUAUUUAAUGGAGUGGCUUGAUUUGAUGGCAUUUACCUUUGUUUCAUUUCUUCACGAGUCUACAGUUCAUGGUUUGAUUUAUGUAUGGCAUAAACUUGUUUUCCUCUUCUGAUAAAGUUUUCUGUGAGUAAUGUCGUUGUUUGUUGUUGUUGUUUUGUUGUUGUUGUUUUGUUGUUGUUGUUUUGUUGUUGUUGUUGUUGUUGUUGCUACUGUUGUAGUUUAUUAUAAUGAGAAAUGAUGAUGAUGAUUGUGUGUUGCCUUUACUAUUAUUAGUUUCACAUAAUAAUUUAAUUAUGAUCUUUGAGAGCUUGUCAUGACAUAAAGGAUACGCAUAUAUAUAUAUCGAUUUAAUAUACUAUACAAGCAAAGAGAACGAGUUGAUCUUAUGCAGUUUUCCUUUCGAGUGCAUUUUUUUCUUAACUUUCAACUUGACGUAAAUAGCUUUUUGGUGAGUCGUUCACUAAGGUAAAAUGUUGUUGAAGGUUUCCAACAUGGCAUUUAAUAUUAAAGAAAAAUAAAA